AAAAAAUAUAAUAGUUUUUAUUUUUGUACUAUGUAUGUGGCAACCUGGGAAAACCCUUCACAUGGCCAAAUUGUGAUGUGGAUUUAUAAACUACGGGUUUUCAGGAAGCUGCAAUAAAUCAAGUAAAUGGAAAUAUCCCUCUAAGUGUGUGUGUGUGUGUGUUGCACGGCUGGAGGCCCCUGGAGGACUCGGGUGUCACUGCCACGCGUUUGAUGACAACAGAUAUGGCAUGAUGGAUUUGCCAGGAGAGUUGGGAUGAGAAAAACAGACAGGGACGAGUGGUGAAUGAGCGAACAGACGAGAAAAAGUGAGAAAGACCAGCUUCAACAACAUGGCAUGAUGUUAAGGACAAGCUGUGUAUAGAUGGCUGGAUAUAGCUGAGCUCUGGGAGAAAACGUUGAAACAACAGUCAUCGAGACAAAGGAAAAGGAGUCACGGGGAGCCUAGAGCCUAUCCCAGGGGACUCGGGGAACAAGGCAGGGGACACCCUGGACGGGAUGCCAAUCCAUUGCGUGGCACAACCGCACACACACUCACCCACUACGCACAAUUUGGAAAUGCCAGUCAGCCUACAACGCAUGUCUUUGGACUGGUGGAGGAAACCGGAGUACCUGGAGGAAACCCCCAAAGCGCACAGAGAACAUGCAAGCUCUGCACACACAGGGCAAACGGGCUAGCCACUAAGCCACCGUGCCCCAUUUUAGACUUAAUAAUUUUAGAUUAUUUAAGAUGAUUGUUCAAUCAAGAAUGCAAACCCAAGUUAGUUUUUGGAACUCUCAAGGGGAUUACCCACUCCUGAUUCAUUCAGUUUCACUGCGAUGCACAUUGGUCUAAAAUGAAACCAUGAAAACUCAUCAACUCUGAACAUAAGGCUAAAUGAUGCCAGAGAGAGUUUGUCUGUUUCAUGGUCAGAACUAUCACAAGCUGAAGCGAGCAUGUUUGAGGCAUGGAGCACUUUUUCAAGACCCACACUUCCCUGCCUGUACUCAGUCAUUGUUCUACAAGAGAACACCACCUCCAGGACUCACAUGGAAAAGACCACGGGAACUGUGUAAAGAUCCAAGACUUUUCGUAGAUGGAAUCAGUACCAGAGAUCUGCACCAGGGAAGUCUGGGUAACUGCUGGAUGGUGGCAGCUACUUCCUGUCUUGCAACAGAGCCAUCACUUUGGAAGAAAGUCAUCCCAGAUCACAUGGAGCAGGAGUGGAACCCCAAGCGCCCACACCUGUAUGCAGGAAUUUUUCACUUCCGCUUCUGGCGAUUGGGUCAGUGGAUGGAUGUGGUGGUGGAUGACCGCUUACCGGUCAGUGAGGAUGGAACUCUGCUCUUCUGUCGCUCAGCCACACCACGGGAGUUUUGGAGUGCCCUGCUGGAGAAAGCUUAUGCCAAGCUCAAUGGCUGUUAUGAAGCCUUAGAGGGAGGAAACACUGCAGAAGCUCUGGUAGAUUUCACUGGAGGAGUAUCUGAACCACUGUGUUUGGAUGGAGAGACACUGAGCCAGCAUGGUGACCAAAGGAGGGUGCUGUUCCAGAUGCUAGCCAGAGCACACAGCUGUAAAGCUCUCAUCACAUGCUCCAUACGGCCAGCAGAAGGAGAGCAGGUUGAGUCUGUGCUGGAAUGUGGUUUAGUGAAGGGUCACGCGUAUGGUGUAACUGCACUUAGGAAGAUCCGUGUUGGGGAAAAUCUGUUACCUGUUUGUGGAACAUCCCGGCUGUACAUGGUGCGCAUGAGGAACCCAUGGGGCACAGCGGACUGGACAGGGGCCUGGAGCCAGGGGUCACAGGAAUGGCAGCAGGUGGGCCGCUGUGAGAGAGAGAAGAUGGGGCUGAUUGUCAGAGAUGUGGGCGAAUUUUGGAUGGAGUUUGAGGACUUCUGCCACUACUUCACAGAUAUGGUGGUGUGCAGGCUGGUGGAACGAUGCCUGUUCUGGCAUUUGGGUCACUGGAGAGAAACGCAUUGUUCUGGAGAGUGGACUCAUGCUCCUCUAGACUCAACAAGGCCGACUGCUUCUCGAUCCUCCAACAGCCAGAAGGUCUCCUCAGGUUCCCAGUGGUCUCGUCCAACUACUGCCCCAAGAGGAAAUAGGAAAGAAGAAAGGCUGAGUGAAAGGCAGCUGCAUGAGAGGAGGGACCACACAGUGAAAGAGAAGAAAGCUAAAGGUGAACAGAAAGCUGGGCUAACACAAAGAGGAAACAGGACAACAAAGGAAAAUGAAGAUGCGUUUCAGGGAAAGGAGGAAGGAGUGGUGGAGGAAAGUUGGGAGAGAGAGAUGGACAGGAGAAGUAGGUGUGGGGGAUGUAUUAACCACAGAAAGACAUUUCUUCAUAAUCCUCAGCCACAUAAGUGCCACACUUUCACUUCUGCUCCACGAUAUUCUCUCCUUCAGUUCAUGUUUGAGUUGGGAGGAGAGGGGGAUGAGGUGCUCAUAUGCCUGCAGCAAGAGGACAGAAGGAUGAAACGGAGGGAAGGAGCAGGUGAAAAUCUUCCAAUCGGCUUUGAGGUGUUGAGGGUCGAGGUGAACCGUGUGAGUAGGGUGCAGUGUUUUUCUGAGCAGGCAGCCAGUUCAGUCUACAUGGACUCACGUAGUAUUACCCUGCGUGUAACCCUUGACCCUGGGCGCUAUGCCCUCGUACCCACCACCUUCCAGCCUGGGGUUCCUGGCCGCUUCCUUCUCCGCCUCUUCUCACACACCCAUGUGAAACUCAGGGAGCUGAAAGAGGAGUUGCCUGCUCCCUCUCUGUGGCAGUGUUGUGUGCCUCAGCCAUGUGCUGUUGUUACAGUGUACCUUCACAGAGCCUCCACAGUCAGCAAGCCCAAACAUCCAGCUCCAGAUGUAUAUGCCGUCAUUAGGUGCGAGGAUGUCACUGUAAGGACACGGGUAUUUAAAAAAGAUGGAAGUCCUGAAUUUAACACUAAAGCCAUUUUCUACAGGAGGAAACCUAAGAGGAAUAUCUGCAUAGAGCUAUGGGGAAGAGGUUUGCUAUUUGACUCCUUCCUGGGAAGAGCUCAUCUCCAAACAGGGGCCACUGAACGAGGACGGACCAGAGUGAUUGAACUGCAAGGUGGUCAGUCUCGCGGCUGCAUCUAUGUAGAGACUUCAACCAGUCAGUGCCUGACAGACUUAUGACUUUUCCAUUGACUUAUACAGUGCAACUGAGCUAUUACUAAAAUCUGAAAACUGAUUAGAAAAGCCAGGCUUGGGACCAGACUUCUGCAAGUUUAUCCUUUACAGUCUGGUAUUGUCAUGCACGUGCCUGCUUCUGAUUGGUCAUGAGAGCUGCUGCUUUUGUUGAGUGGUAUAGCAAGUCCUGUAGCCUGACUAUGUGUACUUAGUGUCUUUUGUUGUGAUUGUAGGUCAGUAAUCCAUGUCAGUCUUGCGUUAGGUAGGGAACAUUGUAGCUAUCAAAACAGUCCUCACAAAAUGCUGUUCAUUAUUGGUGCUUUUGAAUAGUCCAAAGAAAGUAAAAGAGCAUUUGCUAUUGUAUGUUAGGCUUGCAGUUAAUUAAGGUAGCAUAAUUAUCUGCUGGUCAGUUAUUAAAAGCAGAAGUCACAUUAGGCCACGUUUGCUGUUGACAAUGAUGUUCAUGUAACCAGGCCCCUGAAAGCAUUUAUCAAUCAUUGUCUAGCUAAGAUCCUUUUUUUUUAAACAACAAAGAUCCUUUUUUUGUUUCUGUUUUCUCUGAAUAAAAGUAUUGUUUUUAUUCUGGGUAGUUAACAAAAGAGCACAUUUCCACCUUUCUGAUCUAGGAACUGUUGUGGAGUAGUUUGAGGUACAAACCAAUCUUAGAUGUCAUCACCUCUGAUUUACCAGAUUUAUAAAAUAUCUUUAACCAGUUCCCUUCAUAGUGUGUGCAUGUGUCGUCUGUCAAUAGAUAGUCCAAUAGAUACAAAACAUGUUGCAAUUUUUAACUCAUUUAUUCAACCUAUAAUUUUUGUAUUUCUUAAUGUUUGAUUUUGCAGACACGAGGAUGUAGUGGGUUGCAUUGUUGUUUCACAAGUCCAAGGUCCUGAGUUUUAUCCUGAGCUUAGGUUAUUGUCUAUGUGAAGUAUCUUCUUUGCACUUAUAUGCUGGUAGGUAAAUUGGUUAUGCUAAAUUGCCCCUUGGUGUGAACGACUGUGUUAAUGUGUGCGUGUUUGGUGCUUUUUGAUGGACUUUUUGUUGAGUAUGUUAUGUCAUAAGAACCAUGCAUAACUAGUAAUUCACACACACACACACACACACA